AUGACCAUGUUGCCCAGCCUCACUAAGGAGGAUUUGCGAGACCUGUUUCCUGGACCAGAAAACUUUUUAAGAAGAAGACACAUUUGGCAACUUGUUCAUGGUGAUGUGGAGAGUCAGAAAUCCGAUUGCCCAGUCCUUGACACUUCUGGUAUUGACAGCCCACCUACACCUUUGCUUUCUUCCUCCUCUGACAGCAACAUCUGCUCUCCAACACCCUUCAAUUCUCCAAAAGCUAAACAUAAAGAUUGUUCUGGUGCCACUAAAAAGGUGCGGCUCAUUAGUCCAGAGUAUGUCAUAUACACUGACACAGAACUAGAACUAGCAAGAAGUGCUUACUUCGAAAAGCAGCGUGCUGGACAAGACAAUGACUACACCAUGCCAAAAGACUUGCGCUGUAGACUCAUUAGGAAUACAGUUACAAGCAUGAUUGCUAUCAAAAGAGCGUCCGAGGAUGAUUUUAAGUACCCAGGCCCCCGUGAACUGACUGCCAUGGCUAAACGUCUAGUGGAAUACUACCCAAUGCUUCGAGACAAGUCUACGCCCAGUACACCUGAAUGGGAAAUGUUGAAGAAGCAGUUGUUGAAAAGGGUUCAGAAUGUGACAACUCCAAAAAAGAAGCAAGGAGCAACCCCAUCAAGAAAAGGACGUCGAAGCCUAAAAUUCCAGAGCAGCCAGGAGACAUGCACCGAAGAGAGUGAUGAACCUUUCUCCUCCCCUACUUCAGUCUCUUCACCUGCCUCAUCAGUCGCCUCGUCCUCUGCCUCCACUGUGAUCCUAGAGAAGUCAACUCCAUCUACUUCCCAAGAGGAUCUCUUGAGUGAGAGCCCACAGAGCCAAGCAAGACACUAUAAAACUCUACAGGAUAUGUACAAAACUAAGAACAAACCAAACAAGGAAGAUGUAUCUCAGCUGUUGGAACUGGAGUUCCAAUCUAGACGGGCUUUCAUUGACUCUGAUGUGAUGAAGGAACAGGACAGGCCUACGAAGAUACUGCAGGCUUAUCCAUGUUUUAAAGAACUUAGCCAUAUCAUCGAUGAACUUCACCGAAUCCUUGCAAGAGGAAACCCCUUCUUCACAAUGGAGCUGAAGAAACGUUGGCUGAGAUUUUUUAACCAGGCGCAGUUUUAUGGGGUGUUCAAAAAAUUCAUAGGGCCACCAUUGCAGGACCAAGUAAAGAAUGCACUUGCUGUCCUGAAAGUACUGCCUCAGAUGUUCCCUUCGCAUGUAGGUCUGCCGAAGAGGUUGGGACACCCAAGUGAUGCUUUGUUUCACAUUUUGACGUCAGCAGAGGACCCCAACACUUACCUUCAAUCAAGACCCUUGGUCAGCCCUGUGGUGAUUGUCUGUGAGACAAACUGCAUCCUGGCCAUUGGAACAGUUCCUCUGCUUACUUUCCCCAAAGAAGACCUCAGUGAAAGUGUGAUGUAUCUCCUUGGCUGUUAUUACACCUUUCACCUCACAUACCCUAAGUGCAUUGGUACCCUCCUGUCUGUGCUACAGACGGACGUUUUGUUAGAUGCCAUUCAUGAGAAGGACAUGACUACUUCCUACAAAAAAGCUAUGGCUGAAUGGAGAAAGUUUCAUGAAUAA